AUGCAGUUGAAAUGUAGGCUCGAAAACAAGCUGUCACAGCCAGAGGUCACGUCCACAGCUGCAAGAGUCGUCAGUGCUGGGUGGGGUGACGGCAACAUUGCCGACUUCUUCUUGAACGGUCGCAAAAUUGACAUCCGUGGGGAGGCUGGCCGACGUGGCCUCAACGUGGUGACCAUCGACCCAGACACUCAGCAGGUCAUGUCUCGCAAGACAUACGAUGUCUGGGCGGAUCCGCAGACAGAGAACACUCGCCUAGCCGCUGACAUCAACAGCUUGCCGGAUGGCCGCGUGAUCCUGGUUGCAUGCAAGGACUCAGGCAUGGAAAAUCUCGAUGCCCGAGCAAUCUCGGCACUUUGGAGUGCCGGCGCUUCUGUGCCUGGUGGCAAAGAGAGGGAGGGCUACGCUCUGAUCGGGAUCAAGGGAAGCGAAGCGCUUGCGGAGCAGCAAGGUGGUCGAGUCGAGAUAGAGGGCCAGUUGCCUUUCUUUGUGCGACACCCUCCUCCUCUUCCGCCGAGCUCACCAUCGCCGCCGCCGAUGCCUGCGGCAGCCCAGCCUCGGCAGUUUAGCCCUCCGACCUGGGCCAAGGAGCCCGCAGCUCCGAAGCCGCCCAGCACCUUCCCAACCGCCCCUCCCACUGCAGAGCCUGCGCAGAAGGUGCGUGUACCGAAGCUGCAGGUAGAUCCCCAGGGAGGGGUGACGUACCAAGAUGAGAUGGUCGAACGGGACGGCAAGCCCGAAGAACAGGGCCAAAGUUGGCAGGAGGUCGUGCUCAUGUUAGACAAGCUGCAAGCAAAGAUAAAGGCGAAGCGACUCGCGGGUGCCUGA